CUACUUCACUCAAUGCCUGCCAUCAGAUGUCGCUAGUGUUGCUCCCUAAAGUCAUGGCGGAUCUUCCUCAUUAGAUUUUACAGAUUUGCCAUAAUUCGUGGGUAGAUUUAUUAUUACCGGCGUCGAAAUAAUUAUAGCUCGUUUUGUUCACACAGUGGGAGGCCAGCGACACGUUAUUAUCGACACAAUAAGAGGCCGGAAGCUUUUGAAUCGGAAAGAACGUCUAACUCUGCGAACGUCUCGAAUUUCGGCGUACUCAAGAUAAAUAGAAUCACUCGAUUUCGACGUCGCACCAUACUCUAAUUAAUUUACUACGCCUACUAUGACGCAAUAGUCGCCAGCCACGCCGGACACCAUCGGAUUAACGGUUGAAAUACAGGGUAUCGAGGCUGGCAUGAACGAGGGCGCGCCUAUGAUGUACCAUGGGAGCGGGGGCUUUGGAGGGCCGGGGCAGAUAUUCAUGAUGGGCGGGCAGGAGAGAGCGUCGCGGCACUAUCCGCUCGACGCUCUGCAGAGCCUGGGCGGGGGCUCUCCGGCCGGGCACGCGACUCCGCGCCGCUGGCAGCCCCGCCGCGACCGACAUCCCAACGCCAAGGGCGCGGGAGACAAUACAGCCUUUGGUUAUGAUUCUGACGACUCCAGUCUGUCAAGCAAUGCCUCUGGGUCAAACAAGUCUGGAGAGAAAGAGUUGUUGUGGGGCGCAGGCGAGGACCCGCCGCUGCGGGGCGGCGCGCAGCUGCUGGCGGGCGGGUACGCGGCGGCGCGCGAGUGGCGCGGGCGGCGUCCCCGCGACCCGCGCCCGCAGCGCCGCAUCGCGCCCGAGAGGUACCUCAACGGCUCCUACCCGUUCCAGGUCAAGUUUACGCCCGACGACUUGCUAAACGGUUCAAAAUGGGACACAUUAUCUCAAGAGAUUUGGGACAAGUUCAUAAAGUCACAACAGACAGAAGAGACAUUUAGAAAGAAAAUGAACCUUUGGAGAUAUCUAUUUAUAACAAUCAAGACGAUAUUCCCACGCUACGGGCUGUACGUGGUGGGCUCGACCAUGUCCGGGUUCGGGCUGGACUCGUCGGACAUGGACCUGUGCCUGUACGUGCGGCCCGUGGACGAGCUGGAGCCGCGCGCUCACGCCCUGCUGCAUCUCAACUACAUCCUCAGCUACAUCCGCAGCUUCGACCCCAAUGCAGAGCUGAUCCAGGCGAAGGUGCCGAUCCUGAAGUUCCGCGACUCCCGCAACGGCUUACAAGUGGACCUGAACUGCAACAACGUGGUCGGCAUCCGGAACACCAAUCUGCUGCACUGUUAUUCCAGACUGGACUGGCGCGUGCGGCCGCUGGUGGCGCUCACCAAGCUGUGGGCGCAGGCGCACGACAUCAACGACGCCCGGCAUCGCACGCUGUCCUCGUACUCGCUCACGCUCAUGGUCAUCCACUUCCUGCAGUGCGGCGCGGCGCCGCGCAUCCUGCCGCGCGCGGGCGACGCGGGCGCGGCGGCGGCGGGCGCGGCGCGCAACCGCCAGCCGCUGGCCGAGCUGUUCCUGCAGCUGCUGCGCUACUACGCGGAGUUCCCCUACGACAGCAUGGCCGUGUCCGUGCGCGCCGGCGCCAUGGUGCCCGUGGCCGACUGCCGCUCCAACAAGGCGCACAAGAACGACCCGCACCAGUGGAAGCUGCUCUGCGUCGAGGAGCCCUUCGACCUGACGAACACGGCGCGGUCGGUGUAUGACCCCGAAACGUUCGAGAAGAUCGUGAACACGUUCCGCGAGAGCUACAAGCGGCUGGCGGCCGGCCUGCGCCUGGCCGACGCCUGGCCGCAGCGAUGAUGACGCGCCAGGCCGCGCGGGACACAACAAUAGCUCACUAUUUACAUUCACUGUAGAUGUGCCACUAUGAAAAUUAUAUGUUCACAUUCCAUAGUGCCAUAUUGUAUUUGAUACGUUUACGAGCGCUCAGUUUUGAGGUACAAAUCUUAUUGAGACGACCCCCUAUGCAGUGUCGCUCCGCCGGGCGAGCGUCCUGCGUGUUAGCAACUUGUAGGACGCGGCCCGGCCCGUGGAGACCAGACUCGCAAUAGUUCCCGGACGAUACUCGGAAAUGACAAGAGCGUGCAUGCAGCUCUUGUCAUUCUACUUUUCUGUUCAUAGAUCUCAAAUACCUAAAGUUCUGUUUAAUUAUUUUAUAGUUAACGAAGCUAGUCGAUUUAUUCCUAUCUAACAAGUGAUAAUACUUUAUAUGUAACCCACCUUCUAAUAUAAGCCCAGUGCUCAAUUUGGACCAAAGUUAAGUGAAAAUAUUAUUUGAACUAUGAGUUGUCACAAUAAGAGUUAUACCUCAAAACCUUAGUUAGUUAUGUUCGAAUGCACGACAUGCGUGCAACAUAUUCGAUUGUGAAUGAUGUCGACUGGUAAUUGUGAUCUGUAAACACCAACAACUAAUGAAGUUGCCUAAACAUAGUGGUUGUGAUUACCUAGGUUUAAUCAGGUUCGGUCGCCAGCAGGUCGGCCAUGUGCAAAUAGUCCCUGAGCAUGUGCGAAGGAUGCAGAAACACGUCGACACGGCCCCUGCUGGCGGCCGCCGCGAGACUGGUCUCGGCGGCCCUGCCUCGGCCCGCAGACAAUCGUGUAUGUUGAUACAAAGAGUUUCGUCAAAAUUAUCUGUAGUCAAACGCAUGUUGUUCCACACGCCAACAAGACUGAAGCGGAGUCCGAGUGGAAGGAAUGAAAUUAUCACGUGGUUCACUAGUCGAUAAUGUCGGUCGCAUUUCUGUGACAGAAACGACCGUCGCAAUACAAGUCGUUACGCUGCCUCGACAAAAAGGCGUCCUAUUCGUUUUUAAAUAUUUAUUAUUGUUUAUUUAUAAGUUAUUUAAUAAAUGUAAAUAGUAAGAAAUAA